GCGAGGUUCGCCCAGCGACCAGCCGCCAGGGCGGACGGGCUGCCCCGGGCGAGAGCGGACCGUCUCCCGCUCCCAGCUUCCCGCCGCUUUGCCUCCGCUUCCCCGGCUCGCCGCUCCAGUCAGCUCCCAGGUGCUGCCCAGCCUCCGGACUGAGCGAGCCGGCGCGCCGCCUAGCCCUGCCCGCGGCCGCCUUGACAUGCUACCCAAAGUGGAGACGGAAGCCCUGGGACUGGUCCGAUCGAAUGGGGAACGGGGACACAUGCCGGAAAACAUGCAAGUGUCUCAAUUUAAAAUGGUGAAUUACUCUUAUGAUGAAGAUCUCGAAGAACUGUGUCCAGUCUGUGGAGAUAAAGUGUCUGGGUAUCACUAUGGACUCCUUACCUGUGAAAGUUGCAAGGGCUUCUUUAAGCGAACAGUCCAGAACAAUAAAAGGUACACAUGUAUAGAAAAUCAAAGCUGCCAAAUUGACAAAACUCAAAGAAAACGCUGUCCUUAUUGUCGCUUUCAAAAAUGCCUAAGCGUUGGGAUGAAGUUGGAAGCUGUGAGAGCCGACCGAAUGCGUGGAGGCCGGAACAAAUUUGGGCCCAUGUACAAGAGGGACAGGGCCCUGAAGCAGCAGAAGAAAGCUCUCAUCCGAGCGAAUGGACUCAAACUAGAAGCCAUGACUCAGGUGAUUCAAGCAAUGCCCACUGAUCUCACGAUAUCCUCUGCCAUCCAGAACAUCCAUUCUGCCUCCAAAGGCCUACCUCUCAACCACACAGCCUUGCCUCCCACAGACUAUGACCGAAGCCCUUUUGUAACAUCUCCAAUUAGCAUGACAAUGCCGCCACAUGGUAGCCUACAAGGUUAUCAGAGCUACAGUCACUUUCCAAGCCGCGCUAUCAAGUCCGAGUACCCUGAUCCUUACACCAGCUCUCCAGAGUCGAUAAUGGGCUACUCUUACAUGGAUGGUUACCAUCAAACAAGCUCGCCAGCAAGUAUUCCUCAUCUGAUUUUGGAACUCUUGAAGUGUGAGCCUGAUGAGCCCCAAGUCCAAGCUAAGAUUAUGGCCUACUUGCAACAAGAGCAGGCCAACAGAAGCAAGCAUGAAAAGCUCAACACUUUUGGGCUUAUGUGCAAAAUGGCUGACCAAACCCUCUUCUCCAUCGUCGAGUGGGCCAGGAGUAGCAUAUUCUUCCGAGAACUUAAGGUUGAUGACCAAAUGAAGCUCCUUCAGAACUGCUGGAGUGAACUCUUAAUUCUAGAUCAUAUUUAUCGGCAAGUGGUACAUGGGAAGGAAGGCUCCAUCCUCCUAGUCACUGGGCAACAA